CCCUCUCUCUCUUCUUGUCAAGCUUCACAAAUUUCCCUUUAAGCUUUGAAUCUGCCUUUGUGGCAGCAAACAGUACAGGGGAAGGAAUUUGCAUAAAUCUGCAUGGCUAAUGUCCCGUGCAAAUUGAAGGAGUGACACCGCGACUUCGCCUCUUCCUCAUCGACGACAUCAUACAGCGAGUGACCCCCACCACCCCCCGACCGAAAACGUAAUGGCCUGGGACGUUCCCUAUCGACUUGGCCAAGACGCGGCUUCAGGUGCAAGGCCAAGUGGGCGACAGUAAAUACCGAGAAAUCCGCUACCGAGGCAUGCUGCACGCCAUCGUCAGGAUAGCGCGGGAGGAGGGCGUUCGAACGCUGUAUUCCGGACUCGCUCCCGCCAUGCUGCGCCAGGCGUCUUAUGGGACCAUCAAAAUUGGAACAUACCAGAGCUUCAAGAGAUUGCUGGUUGACAGGCCUGAGGAUGAGACGUUGUUGACGAACGUCCUGUGUGGCGUUCUCUCUGGAGUUAUCUCCUCCUCCAUCGCCAACCCCACCGAUGUGCUUAAGAUCCGCAUGCAAGCCCAGGGAAGCGUGAUCCAGGGCAGUAUGAUGGGCAACUUUAUCAACAUUUAUCAGGAGGAAGGCACCCGGGGACUUUGGAAGGGCGUCUCUCUAACUGCUCAGCGAGCGGCCAUUGUGGUGGGAGUGGAACUGCCCGUCUACGACAUCACCAAGAAGCAUCUGAUCCUGUCGGGUCACAUGGGCGACACGGUGUACACGCAUUUCUUGUCUAGUUUUGUGUGUGGUCUCGCGGGGGCGCUGACCUCCAACCCCGUGGAUGUGGUCCGGACCCGUAUGAUGAACCAGAGAGGAGGUGCUUUGUACCAGGGAACCAUGGACUGUCUGCUGCAGACGUGGCGCUCGGAGGGCUUCAUGGCGCUCUACAAGGGCUUCUUCCCCAACUGGCUGCGUCUGGGCCCGUGGAACAUCAUCUUCUUCCUCACGUAUGAGCAGCUCAAGAAGAUCGACGUCUGAGCGGCGGUACGGGAGCGUACCUAAACGUUAAAGAGGAGCACAGGUUCCGAGACAAGAGGGCCAAGACUGUCUCGGACUGUGAGGGGACCCUUGAUGGAACCACUGGGUCAACAAGGUUUGAUGGACACCCACGUGGGUGUGGCAUGGUGGGUGGGGGGGAGGGGGGUCUUGUGUGGACUACGGGUUUCCUCAAGCCUGCUGCGGCUUUCGCCAGAACGGCCCCGAGACAGAUGCGCUUCUUUAUGCCCAACUUUUCUUUUCCGAGUCGACUGACAGAUCCACGCACCCCGCUCUGGGACCGCCGCCCUGGCCCCCGUUCACGUUCCAGGCUUUAAUGUCUGCGGAAUAACGUCGGCUCGUUUGCCAGGCCUCCGCUUCAAAGUGGCGUCUAAAUUGAGUGCCUUAAAGAGUUGGAGAGCAGCUGACAAUCACUGCAGCCAUUCCCCUCUGAGUUAGCGAGAGGGUGAGGGUGAGUCCACACACUUCAAAAAGGCUUUGGCGUGUGCGUUUAAAAAAAAAAAAAAUCUUUCUAAAUUGGGGGAUAUUUAGGCCAGGAAACUUUGGUAUACCCUGAAUUAUUAUAACAGGGUGGAUAUCUGUCAUGUUUACUCCUUGUUGCAGUACAGCUGUGUGCAUUAUUGCCAUUAUCUAUUUAAUAUAUCGCCUGGCUUUUCAGUCUCAAAUGCUGCAUUUUUGUAUUUUAAUGUUGUGAUGGCUGCUGCUGGAUGAAUAUUAAAAAAAAAACUGUUGACGUUCCGUGCUUUCACCACAGUGAGAGCAACUGACAAUCACUGCAGCCACUUCCCAAUGAGUUAGCGAGCUGGUGAGGGUGAUGGUGAGUCCACACACUUCAAAAAGGCUUUGGUGAGUGCGUUUAAAAAAAAUAAAUUCUAAAUUGGGGAAUAUUUACGCGAGGAAACUUUUGUAUACCCUGAAUUAUUAUAAUAGGGUGGAUAUAUGUCAUGUUUACUGCUAGUUUGCACUACAGCUGUGACUCUAUUUAAUAUAUCGCCUGGCUUUUCAGUCUAAAAUGCUGCAUUUUUGUAUUUUAAUGUUGUGAUGGCUGCUGCUGGAUGAAUAUUAAAAAAAACAAAACAAAAAAAAACUGUUGACGUUCCGUGCUUUCACCACAGUGAGAGCAGCUGACGAUCACUGCAGCCAUUCCCCUCUGAGUUAGCGAGCUGGUGAGGGUGAUGGUGAGUCCACACACUUCAAAAAGGCUUUGGUGAGUGCGUUUAAAAAAAAAUAAAGUUCUAAAUUGGGGAAUAUUUACGCGAGGAAACUUUGGUAUACCCUGAAUUAUUAUAAUAGGGUGUAUAUCUGCUUGUUUGCACUACAGCUGUGUGCAUCUAUUUAAUAUAUCGCCUGGCUUUUCAGUCUGAGAUGCUGCAUUUUUGUAUUUUAAUGUUGUGAUGGCUGCUGCUGGAUGAAUAUUAAAAACAAACAAAAAAAAAACAAACUGUUGACGUUCCGUGCUUUCACCACAGUGAGAGCAGCUGUCGAUCACUGCAGCCAUUCCCCUCUGAGUUAGCGAGCUGGUGAGGGUGAUGGUGAGUCCACACACUUUAAAAAGGCUUUGGCGUGUGAGUUUAAAAAAAAAAAAAAAUUCUAAAAUGGGGGAUAUUUACGCGAGGAAACUUUGGUAUACCCUGAAUUAUUAUAAUAGGGUGUAUAUCUGCUUGUUUGCACUACAGCUGUGUGCAUCUAUUUAAUAUAUCGCCUGGCUUUUCCGUCUGAGAUGCUGCAUUUUUGUAUUUUAAUGUUGUGAUGGCUGCUGCUGGAUGAAUAUUAAAAAAAGAACAACAAAAAAAAUGUUGACGUUCCGUGCUUUCACCACAGUGAGAGCAGCUGACAAUCACUGCAGCCAUUCCCCUCUGAGUUAGCGAGCUGGUGAGGGUGAUGGUGAGUCCACACACUUCAAAAAGGCUUUGGUGAGUGCGUUUUUUAAAAAAAUCUUUCUAAAUUGGGGGAUAUUAGGCGAGGAAACUUUGGUAUACCCUGAAUUAUUAUAAUAGGGUGUAUAUCUGCUUGUUUGCACUACAGCUGUGUGCGUCUAUUUAAUAUAUCGCCUGGCUUUUCCGUAUGAGAUGCUGCAUUUUUGUAUUUUAAUGUUGUGAUGGCUGCUGCUGGAUGAAUAUAUAAAAAAAACUGUUGACGUUCCGUGCUUUCACCACAGUGAGAGCAGCUGACGAUCACUGCAGCCAUUCCCCUCUGAGUUAGCGAGCUGGUGAGGGUGAUGGUGAGUUCACACACUUCAAAAAGGCUUUGGUGAGUGCGUUUAAAAAAAAAAUAAAUUCUAAAUUGGGGAAUAUUUACGCGAGGAAACUUUGGUAUACCCUGAAUUAUUAUAAUAGGGUGUAUAUCUGCUUGUUUGCAGUACAGCUGUGUGCAUCUAUUUAAUAUAUCGCCUGGCUUUUCAGUCUGAGAUGCUGCAUUUUUGUAUUUUAAUGUUGUGAUGGCUGCUGCUGGAUGAAUAUAUAAAAAAAACUGUUGACGUUCCGUGCUUUCACCACAGUGAGAGCAGCUGACGAUCACUGCAGCCAUUCCCCUCUGAGUUAGCGAGCUGGUGAGGGUGAUGGUGAGUUCACACACUUCAAAAAGGCUUUGGUGAGUGCGUUUAAAAAAAAAAUAAAUUCUAAAUUGGGGAAUAUUUACGCGAGGAAACUUUGGUAUACCCUGAAUUAUUAUAAUAGGGUGUAUAUCUGCUUGUUUGCAGUACAGCUGUGUGCAUCUAUUUAAUAUAUCGCCUGGCUUUUCAGUCUGAGAUGCUGCAUUUUUGUAUUUUAAUGUUGUGAUGGCUGCUGCUGGAUGAAUAUUAAAAAAAACCAAAAAAAAAACUAUUGACGUUCCGUGCUUUCAUCACAGUGAGAGCAGCUGACAAUCACUGCAGCCAUUCCCCUCUGAGUUAGCGAGCUGGUGAGGGUGAUGGUGAGUCCACACACUUCAAAAAGGCUUUGGUGAGUGCGUUUUUAAAAAAAAUCUUUCUAAAUUGGGGGAUAUUAGGCGAGGAAACUUUGGUAUACCCUGAAUUAUUAUAAUAGGGUGGAUUUCUGUCGUGUUUACUGCUUGUUUGCACUACAGCUGUGUGCAUCUAUUUAAUAUAUCGCCUGGCUUUUCAGUCUGAGAUGCUGCAUUUUUUAUUUUAUUUUUUUUAAAAAACUAAAAAAACUGUUGAGGUUGCGUGCUUUCACCACAGUGUGGCGCUGUGGUGCUUCCAGCCCGCUCUGGAACCACUUCAAUCCCCCCCUCAGCCCUCAUCUUUGAGGCCACAGAUCUAGCACAGUUGCUUCUGAGGGAUUGCCGGGCUUCUCUCAAAACAUCCACCUAUGAAUUAUUCAGGGAGCGGCUAACAAGUAAUUGUUCUUGUUUCGGUGGGUAAAUUCCCAGUUUUCCCUCAUCAGAGCUGUUUAGAUGCCGGGCAGCUCAAGGGAGCACAGCGAGAAACAUGGCGGUGAACUCUAGUCUGCGUGGCGUGUUUGUGUGCCUUGUUCUUUUUAUUUUUGGGAGUGCCACCGCGGGACUUAUUAUUACUUGCGAAUAAUGUUGGAAACUUGGACCAAGGCACCACAAGUUGCACUUCUGUGUGACUUCUGCUUUGCUUUACCAUUGAUUUCCAUAGCAUAUGUGCAUAUUUUGCUGGAUGGGGUUCGGCAGCCAGCAAUGCUUUCAUCCCUCCAGGAUUUGGCGGGCUUUUUUUUCCUGAUCGCGGCGAUUGAAAAAGCCGGAAUUCGCCGCAGCGGUUUAAGAAAAUUGCGUUAAAAGUUGUGAUAUUUUGAGACUUCUUUUUUUGAAUUGUUGUGAUAUUUUUAACCUCCUAUAGCGCAGGAUUUUUAACAAAUAUUGGAAAACAAAUACUGUAAUGAUGUUUUACUCCUUAUACCACAUAGACUUUAA